CCUUAGUUUUACAAUGUACAUGUGGAUGUACAAUGAGCUGAACCCCCGGGGAAGUCCUGUAAAUCCCUGUAAGUAGAGUGCAGUUCACCUUAGCAUUUAAUCUAGCAGUGAGCUUUCUUUGAGAAGGGUCCCCUUUUCUUUCCCCCAGUGAUGGCUAAUCCACACCCUACCCCAUUAAUGAAUUCUCUCUUGGUUCUGCAAACUGAAGCAGCCUUGUUGCUGAAUAGAUAGCUAAGAGAGGGGAUAGGAUGCAGUAGAGGACACUGAACAGGAUGAAACAAACCCCUCUCUUUCUGCAGCAGUGAAAGGUUAGAUCAUGCUAAAUGCAACACAAAGUGAACCUCAAGUGUUGAUGGUUUGGAUGGUGGACUCAUACAAAUUCCUCAAGAAUUAUUAAGGACCCUCUGAGCUAAGAACUCUACAACCACAGAAUGGUAAGCAGUCUCUUGAGCUGAAUCUGAAAAAAAAAUGGAGAAACGGGAAACCAAAGACAGGCUCUCAAAUCAUUGAGACAGAGAGCUGUGGGCUCACAACCAGAUGAUCCAGUGUUCAAUGAACAAACCUCUCUUGUUCCCAGAGCUGAAAUUUCUUCAAGUUUAUCAUACUUUUUACUGAUACCUCAUAAGCAUUCAGUAUUGUGGAAAGGAGACUUCCAGAGUACAGGUCGACAAGAGCUGAAGUCCUCAGAUCUUUUCCAGGACACAUUGUCAUUGACGGUGGCAGAAUCUGUCAGUAUCUAUUUAGCACUGAGUAACUCUCUAAUGACAAACUAAUUUUUGAGUUUAAGAAGGAACAAAACCCUAUUUCCCUUACAGAGCUAUUCAAUAGCCUGUGUAAUAUGUAAUAUGGAUGGGUCUCUAUUUACUCUAUUUUAAACACCUGUUUCUUUUUUCUUUAUCUGAGUUGGCAUCCAGGUCCCUCAUGCCAGUUAUGUUGUUUAUGCCAGUAAAAAUUGCUCUGAUGUGGACUUAGCAGUUAAAAGGGGUUGUGUAGAAUGACUGGGAUGGCAGUCCUCAGAUAGUCUGCAUUAUAUAAGCUGUGCUUUCCACCCAGGUGGUUAAUUAAACUUGGUCUUCAGAUCCCGAGACAGAAACUACUUAUGUACAUACUUAAUUUUAAUAACAUGUUUCUGUUCCUCUGCCCCAAGAGCCUCAGCCCUAUCUUCUGGUUUGUCCAUUCUCAAGAGGGAGAAAAGGGAAUGUAAGGACAAAAGGAGAGUGUGUGGCUCCGUGUAGUCCCAUUUUGGGCAAAUAUUCUUCUCUGGGGGUUGUAGAUUGAGUGAGGGAACAUCUUACAACAUCGCUAUGGAUUGUCUGAAUGAUGUGUCCUUUGGAAUAGAUGCUAUAUCCUUCCCAGAAGAAGGAAAAAAUGAACAUUAGCAAUAAACCAUUUUAUCAUUUUUUGUUCCAUCCUCUGCAAUUGCAUUACUGUGAUGAUGAUCCUGCAGUUUAACCUGCUUUGUUACCCUGUCAGUACCAUUAUACAGAUAAUUGUGUGUAUAAUUCUUACUUGCAUUUGGGCUGACCAUGUCACUGUUUUCAGAAAAAAUUAACUCGGUAGCUUAAAAACUUGGGCUUUUCCUCAUGCGUAGCACAAGAUAAAGUCACUCUUGGUUCCAUGUAAUCUGAAUGUGCUUCUGGUAUUUGCCACCAGAAAUUUGGAAAUUGCUUCUCAGUCCUCUGUGACACAUCCUCUAGGGGUUUCACACAACUCAAAAUUAGGUGCUGAAAUCGUCUCUUAACUUAGAGCCUGAUUUUGCCUGCACUUUUGUACAUGAGUGAGUGCUCCUGUGACUGGUUUUAACUGCUUGUGUCAAAAUAACAAAGGACACACCAGAGUUUUAAAAGGAAGGUCAUGCAGUUGUAUUGCCUUUAUUGUUUAAUAUGAGUUGCUUUCUGUAAAAUUACAUGGCCUUGAAUGUUUUCCUUGUAGUCAAGGGCAGAAGGAAUUAUGUCUUCUACAUCAGUGUGUAGUAAGGUGUAAAAUGCUGCCAGAUUUCAGCAUUGUUUUCACAUCAGUUCUGCACCAAUAAGAACUGCAAGGUAUAAGCUAAUUGAGAAUAAACCUUAAUGCAUUUUCAGUGGCAGGAGUGAUUCCUGCCUUGCUUCAGUGGUAUUUUUCCUUGAUCAUUCACAUGCUUUUGGAGAGACAGAAAGAUGGGGCAUAUAAGGCAGUAGAUGGGUGUUUCUUUCACCAGUGUAAAACUACACCUGUCCCUAAAUUGCAUGAUGGGGAAAGAGGAAGCAGGUGAGAAAUGCUUGAGCUUGGAGGCAGUGUAGAUAGAGAACAAAAUUAAGUGUGGAGUCUGGCAAGGCACCUGCACUGAAUGCAGAAUACAACAGUAGGAUAUAGUUUAAGAGGCAACUUUCUCUUUAUAGAAGAGUAUAGAGUUUUAACGUUAAUUCUUACUCGUUUGGUCUCUCUGGAAAUGUUGUGAUAUCAAGUUCUUUGUAUGCAGUGUGUAAAGAAAACAGUUUUAUACCAGUAUUUUAUUUAUACCAGAAUAUUGUGACGAACUGCAGGCACUAAGGGAGGUCAAAGAAACCAUUUGUGGCUACUGUCUUUCCUCUAUGCUAGAACGCAAGCAGCUCUAUUCUAAAAACUAGGUGUGACUGGCUUACCUUGUGUCAACUGAACCACAGUAACUAAAUGUAAAUAUUCUUACUCUACUCUUUCAAAAGCACAAACCACUCCUGACCUGAAUUUUAGCUCUUCUGCUUGGACUGAGUGCAUGCAAAGUUAAUUAGAUUUCCACUUAACAGAAGUAAUAACUUUUGCGUGCUGGGGUGCUUCAGAUACCAGAGCCCUUUGUGUCGGACAAGAAGUGCUGUAUAGAGAGGUAUAACAUAAUUUAUUAGAUCACUUGGGUCAGUUUAGGCUUGUAGUUUGGCCUUCAGUAGUGAGCCAAAAGACACAAAGUCCCUUACAAAACCCAGUUACUCCUUGGUUCUGCACAUCACAGCAGUUCUGCUGGAGGGACAUGAGUGCAUUGCAAAGCCUGUUUCUCAGAAGUUGUUGCACACAACUGGCAAUCAUGUCAUUGGCAAGUCUGAGGGGCAGUGGAGGUGCUGCUGGUAGACUUAGAACUUUCCACACCAUCUUUUUAUGGUACUUUUAAGUUGUUUUGAGUAGCACCUGCUCUGUAAAAGAAGGUUGACUUCCUUUGGCACUUGCCUGCAAAAUACAUCUUUUCUGGUUUUAAACCUGGAUGGAAGAAAUUGCAUCAGAAAACUAACUUAAUAAAAACAUCUCGCUGAAAAUAAUCCAUUGUCAUAUUUUCCUGGGAAGGAGGGAGACGUGUUUCUAAGUGGCUAUAAAAGUAUAAAUACCAGCUGUAUGACUUAUUCUUAUUUUUUCUGGUUUUAGGAAUAACUUUUGGAUUAUGUUUUGAGACACACUGUGUACACGGACAGUUAUUCUUAUUCUUGGACUCACAUACUAUGUUUGUAUUACUACAAGUGAAAGAGACAGCAUGUAUCCAGGCCUUUGCAGCCAGUUUCAUCCCUUACUAAUGCCUUGUCCUGGUUAGCAGAGGAUUGUUUAGUGCUAAGAUGUGCUAUAUUGCAUCAGUGCAUGAAGGACGUAAAUGAUAAUUCCAGAGGACCAUCUGUCCUGGAGCAGGCAUUGGAACCAAGUUACUAUGUGACUGAAAGGACUGAGUGCAAGUCAGAUGGUUGUUCCCGUCCAGCUAUUAUGGAGUCAGUGGAUGAAGCUGAAGGACGGCAAGGAGAGCUGAAGAGGAAGGAGCAGUCCCUGAAAGCCUCCCAGAAAACAGCAGUGCUCGGUUGGCCUCCCCAGUGGAAUGGAUUAAUCCCUGGAGACAGCAUGUAUCUGUUUGUCCUCUCUCAGAUACUGCUUCUCUGCAUGAUGCUGUGGUACAGCACUUACGGGACCAUCCCAGCAGCUCAGAAUGCUUUUGACCUGCUCUCUUACUUGCUUACCCCAUUUAAACAGGCUUUUUCAGAUCAAGGGGAGAGCCUGACUACAGUUGGGAGUGUUGUGGUAUCAUACAUCCUGCUGUCUUUGGCUUCUCUAGGACUGCUCUUUGUAGGAUCUCUGUUUUGGCAACUCCUCAGAGCCCGACCAGACCCCCCCUUUCCACUGCAAGAGGACAGACGCCAGUCUGUGAGCCGGCAGCCUUCCUUCACGUACUCAGAGUGGACAGAGGAUAAAAACGAGGAUGACUUCCUAGAUUUGGAUCCUGUACCAGAGACUCCAGUCUUUGACUGCAUGAUGGAUAUUAAAGCAGAGACAGACCCAGCUACUCUGACGGUUAAAUCCAUGGGAUUGCAAGAAAGGAGAGGUUCAAAUGUUUCACUCACACUGGAUAUGUGCACCCCAGGCUGCUCUGAGCAAGGCUUUGGCUAUGUCAUGUCCCCACGGGAGCAAUCAGCCCGAGAAUACCUCCAGACAGCAUCAAACAUCCUGACUGAGGAGGAGCUGCACAAGAAAGCACUGGAUCCUUUCAUACUUCAGGCAGAGUUCUUUGAAAUUCCAAUGAACUUUGUUGAUCCAAAAGAAUAUGAUAUUCCAGGCUUAGUGCGUAAGAAUCGCUACAAAACAAUUCUCCCAAAUCCGCACAGCAGAGUGUGCCUUACCUCAGCUGAUCAGGAUGACCCCCUCAGCUCUUACAUCAAUGCUAACUACAUCAGGGGCUAUGGAGGAGAGGAAAAGGUAUAUAUUGCUACUCAGGGACCAAUAGUUAAUACUGUCACUGACUUCUGGAGAAUGGUGUGGCAGGAGCGUUCUCCCAUCAUUGUCAUGAUUACCAAUAUAGAAGAGAUGAAUGAGAAAUGCACAGAAUAUUGGCCAGAGGAACAGGUCACCUAUGAAGGAAUAGAAAUCACAGUUAACAGAGUCAUACAAGCAGACGAUUACCGUUUAAGGCUCAUCACCCUAAAGAAAGGAGACGAAGUCAGAAACCUGAAACAUUACUGGUAUACGUCUUGGCCAGACCAGAAGACACCAGACCAGGCCCCUCCUCUGUUACAGCUAGUACUGGAAGUGGAAGAGGCCAUGCAGAGUGCAGAGGAGAAGAAUGCCCCAGUGAUUGUUCACUGCAGUGCAGGCAUCGGGAGGACUGGCUGCUUUAUUGCAACAAGUGUCUGCUGUAAACAGCUGAAGAACGAGGGCAUAGUUGACAUUUUGCGAACAGCCUGCCAGUUACGGUUAGACAGGGGUGGAAUGAUCCAGACUUGUGAACAGUAUCAAUUUGUGCAUCAUGUCAUGAGCUUGUACGGAAAGCAGCUUUCUAGAGCAGCAGAAGAAUAAGUGUUCAUGAUAUUCCUAAAGGCUAAAGCCAGGAGAACUUUUGACUGCACUCAGAUACAUUUCAGAUCUGAUAAGAGACACAUGGUAACCUGGCUGUCUUAGCUGGAAAGAUACUAUUUUACUUUGAUAUUGCUUUUAUGCUCUUGUUUGCAUUGACAUUUAAGAGCUGAGAUACGCCUUGUCUUAAACAUAUGUGACAGGACAUAAUCUUCACCAAAAAAGGCUUAUUUAUACUGUAAAUAAUAAUAGCAGCUUCAUUUGUUACAAAAGCAAGAAAAAGCCAGAAAAAUACACUGUCUUCAGUUUGCUAUUUUUUAAAAGGUCCUUGCUAAUAUAUCCAAAUACAGUGUGAAACUUUCUGAAUUGUCAUGCUGAAAUGUGCCGUAUGUUGACUAAGCUUGAAAGUAAAUUUUUGCCUCUUUCUGAUUGUUUUUACAUAUAAAUUUACCGAAUACUGUGUGUAUUGUAAACCUUCUGAGCCUCUGCAUAGAAAGACUCAAGUAGAUUCACGUUGAAAUGAUGUUUCACACAUCAUGUUUGCUUGUUUAUUUUUUCUAAAGCAGUCCACUACCAGUGUUAUCAGAACUAAGGGGGAAACAAUAUUUCAAUGAGUCAAAUUCUUGCCUCGAAUUCUUACCAGCAGUGUACCCCAGUAUCAUGACAGCGGGGUGAAUCUGAGUAGACAUUAAUCUGAACAUUAAUGCUCUGUGCUUUACCUUUUCUUUGUCAAUAUUUGGGCAUCUUAGUUAUCUGGCAAACAGAUUGUAUUUCUGCAAACAGUUUCUAUUUUUACAUAGAAUACAAUUUCUCCUGAAAUCUGAGAUUCUAAAUCAGGUGAGGAAUUUUUUUAGUUCAUCUUUAUUAGCAGUCUAAUAAUUAAAUCACUUUUAUUCUAUUAAUUUAUACUUGUUUCAAAGCUUUGAGGGGUAACCAUGUGUCCAGUGCCUAUUAAAAUUAAUGCAAAUCCUAAAGGCAGCUUUAAAAAAAAAAAAGCGUGAACUUUUUGGCUGCUUUGUGAUAAAUUUGCCCUCAAACCAAAUUUAGACAAUAAUUAACCCAUUCUAACCAGAGGUCCAGGCAACAGUGUUUCCUUUCCAGUAAUAUAGACUGCUGCCUGUGCUUUUUGGUUUAGACUUCAAUCAGGCUGGGAAGAUUAUGGUUUGUGUUUAAUGCUUAGAGGUGAGCACACGUUUUAGUGCUUCACUGAGCAGAGAAAAAUGGAGGUAGCAGGAUCCUUAACAUGAAAGAUGAGUAUUUUGUGAAUAGAAGCUCUGAUGACCUACUAAAAAUAUAUUUGCUUCUCUUUAUUUGUAACAAUAACCAAAACCCACUGCUUUUAUUAGUGCAGAGGAUUCUGCGAAUUUACUGCACUUCCUAAUCAGGAGAAGGUAAAGCAGCUCUCAGAACAAUAAGGGCUGAUCCUGCUCCCACUGAUGUUUUGCCAUUGACGUCAGCAGGGGCAGGGUAAGGCCUGAAACGUUACACCUACAAAUUCAUCACUGUGGGGAAAAAGUUUCCCAAUAUUUCAGUACACAUCUUUGUGUUUAUUCUGUAUCCAUGAACCUGUAAAAAUCCUGUCUGCAGGGUUUGCAUGAAUGUGUGGCAAAAUGUGUUAUCUUUAAACCACUUGAUUUUAUUGCUGUAUUUAAAAUAUUUCCUUCAGUGAGAAGCUAGCAGAAAGAACUGGCAUUCUUUUUUAAAAUACUGGUGAUAGUCAUUAAAGAGAGCAAUAAACUUAAGCUUUUGAGCAUAA